AAGGCAUGUUUGUUCUCGACGUGAUGCUAUGGACUUAUCAUCUUUGGCUCCUGCCCUUUCUUCAACUUCUUUGAUCGUUGCUGUAUAUCAACGCGACUGUUCUGGCACCUUUGUUCCAUAGUGGCCACCAGAACAAAGGUCACAUUUGACUUGAGCGCCAAGGAAAUUUUUCUUGCCACCGGAAACCCAUUUCGUAUAAAUACGAGACAUUCGUUCAAGGGAUUGGGGGUUAUCACUUUCCCUCACGACGACUCUCGUUCACGUCCUUUGUCGCAUUUUGUGCAUGUACGUGAAGAAUGGAAUGUCCUAUUCUUGUAUGGAUGUUAUGGUACAAUCGAGAACUAACCCCCGAGGAAUACGAGAAAUGCUACCAGACAGUUCAGAUAUGUGUCCCUCACGCUGACAUUCUAUAUGAACCCGGAAAUCGUCAACAAUCGAGUCAUCAAUACUGUCAUGUACUUGAUGCCACUGCUCAUGAUGAGACAUCGCCGGAUACCCCGUGCCAAAUGGCGAGACAAUAUGCUGCCGAAUGGAAAGCAUUGGAUUGAACAGGCUGCAGACCGACAAAUGGAUCCAAUUCGACGUAUGAAAUCUCUAAUCGGCUACCAUGUCGCAAACGACGAUUCCCUUAUCGGAAUGGCUAUGGUGCAAGGCCGACAGCGAGAAGUAGUCUCAGUUGGUUUAGGCAUCCAGCGACUUUCCACGAAGCCCCUCAAUAUGUCUGUAUCAGAUUACGCUGAAUCCCAGUACCAUAAGCUGACGCAAGUGGAGAUAGAUUCACUAGGCAAUGAAGACGAGGUGAUCCUCCGUCGCCUCUGCCUAAUUUUGGCAUUGAAACAAUCGUAUCUCAAUGCCAUCGGUCAGCCAGUCGGCUUCGAUUUCACGCGCCUAGAAUUCAAUGUCCCAGAGGAGAAAAUAUAUGGGGACGGAGAGCCUCUGCGAGGCUGGGAGUUUCGGGUUUGGCAAGGCAAUACCGUCAUCAAGAAAGACGAAGAGCAGACUGACGAGAAAUACCAGUGCGCCUGUGCAUUCUUCCGAGGAUGGCCAACGUCCCGGUUCGUAUGGCAGAAGGACCCGAAAUCGUUGGAGUCGUGGGUACAGUUCCUGAACGUUGAUCAGCUUAUCACCGUGCUGCCUAAGCUCGCCGAUUGAUUUUUGUGUUGGCCUUGUAUCUUUAUUCCCCACUUUUCCUGCUUCUACCUCACUACUGUGUGUACUAUUAUUCUGACCUUGGUCGUCAUCGCUCGCUGAAGGUUGCCGGUACAUGGUUCGAUCUUCGUCGAGGGAUGGGUCGUAGCAAGGCCUUCUUGUAAUCCUUAUAAUGGUGAAGUCGUUAUUCCUUGAGAACAGA